AGUGGGGCCGGCCCGAGGGUCCAGCGUGGCAGCGAGCGCCCCCAAAGCCGACCGACAGCCAGGGGGCGUCGGGAGGGAUCACCGGAGGACCCCAGCGUCCGGGCUCCGGGCUCCAGCACCAUGAGGCCGCUCCUCGCCCUGCUGCUCCUGGACCUGGCGUCCGGCUCGUCCCCGCUGGACAACAACAAGAUCCCCAGCCUGUGCACGGGCCACCCCGGCCUGCCCGGCACCCCGGGCCAGCAUGGCGGCCAGGGCCUGCCCGGCCGCGACGCGGUGCCCCCGCGCUCGGCCUUCAGCGCCAAGCGCUCCGAGAGCCGGGAGCCGCCGCCCGCCGACGCGCCGCUGCCCUUCGACCGCGUGCUGCUCAACGAGCAGGGCCACUACGACGCCGCCAGCGGCAAGUUCACCUGCCAGGUGCCCGGGGUCUACUACUUCGCCGUGCACGCCACCGUCUACCGGGCCAGCCUGCAGUUCGACCUGGUCAAGAACGGCGAGUCCAUCGCCUCUUUCUUCCAGUUUUUCGGGGGGUGGCCCAAGCCGGCCUCGCUCUCGGGCGGCGCCAUGGUGCGGCUGGAGCCCGAGGACCAGGUGUGGGUGCAGGUGGGCGUGGGGGACUACAUCGGCAUCUACGCCAGCGUCAAGACCGACAGCACCUUCUCGGGGUUUCUGGUCUACUCCGACUGGCACGGCUCCCCGGUCUUCGCGUAGGCCCCGCCGGGGAGGGCGGCGCUGCCGCCCUGCGCCCGCCCUGCGCCCGGGAGGGCCGGACCCCCUGGGACCCUGCCCGUGCCGCCCUGCGGCCGCAAGGAUGGAGAUGGGGAGACCGGGGAGACCGGGGAGGCAGCACGGGGCAGUGGCUGGAUUUCUGCCCGAGACCAAAGCAAUGUGCUGCGUUGGCAAAUGUAGGUCCCCUGCCCCCCCUCGAUUUCUCUGGCCCAGAACCCCGAAGUGGGAUGCUCUCUUCCUGCCUCUCUGAGCCUCCCCCGUCCCUCCUGCUCGCAGGGCCGGCCCUUCUCUCAGAGGUCACU